GAAGGUUUCCGUGGAUUAGUAGGUAGGUUAGUGCCAAAUGCAUCAAAUUCUCUUUCUGAACUGUUUGACCAAAUUCAAGAGACGUUGUCUUGGGUCGACAGGACACUAAAGUUCCGAACCUUUCAUCAGCUCCAGUUGGGUUUCCGCAAGUCUGAAACUCGCCACAGCAGCGCUGGCAACGACCCGCCCCUUUAAAGGCAGAGAUCUCCAGACUGGAGGUUAAUGUUCAGAUCAGUGUGAGAGAAAAGCAGGAACACGGAAGAGUAAAAACGAUCUACAGCUGCUUCAGCCUAACCCCCGAGAUCUCGACCAGUGUGGCAUUGAGAAGAGUGGCGAGCAGCAGUGGAAUAGGACGCUGGAUCCCCAGUCUCGGUGCCUCGCUACAAACACCGCGUGAAAAGGUGAGACACAUCAACAAAGGUGGCUGAGGUUUACAAGUAUUUUUGGCCGAGGAUCAAUGCUUAAGAACUGGAAGACUUGAAGUCCAUUUAUGGUGCUUUAAAACUUUCUACAUAGGUCGUAUGACCUCAAAGACUAAAGUGGAGUAUCAAUCCAAGAUGAGUUGUCUUUGGAAGUCCUGCAGUUAAUCAUGUUUCUUGGGAAGACUUGUCAGAUUUUCAUCUUGAGUCAACUUGAGAUCCAACAUAUUCACUUCAUUGUUUCCUGAAUCUCACUGCGAGUGAUUUUGUCUAAAACUCGUCAGCACUGGCAGCAUCAGCAGACCUGAGAGCACAACAAACAUAGCUGCUACAGAAGCAUGUCCAAAAGCACUGAGGUUGUCAACCUGUCAUUCCUGUUGGACAACGAAAAGGACCUGAUCCUAGAUGUUUUACGCCGAGAUGAAUUAUUGAGAAAAGCUGAAGAGAAGAGAAUAAGGAAAUUAAAGAACGAGCUGAUCAAAAUCCGUGGAUCGGGGGUGAAUCGAAGAAAACAGCAGGUUAAUGAGCGGGCCUGUAAGCGAUGCCAGAACACACUUGGCCUCGUCUUUUUCCGAGGGGACCAAUGCCAGAUCUGCAAAGACCGUGUGUGCGCAGAAUGUCGUGUUGUGCUCAAAGACGGAGGCUGGAAGUGCACGGCAUGCUCUAAAAUUGCAGAGUUGAGAGAAGUCACUGGUGAAUGGUUUUUUGAGGAGAGAGCAAAGCGUUUCCAGUCUGCCUCUGAGGUGGGAAGUGAAAUCGUCAAGCAGUCCAUCAUCAGGAAACCUAUAGAGGCCAAGACUGAACAAUCAAAGGGAAAAACACAUCAGAAAAAUAUAGAGGACCCUUCAAAGAGCUCUACAACCAAAAAUGAGAAGAAAAUAGUUCCAGAUGCAUUUAAAAGGUUGAGAAACCGUGGCAAAUCUAACCUGAAGGCACUGAAUGAUCAAGGACUGGACACAAAGUCGGAGGAUGGAAGAAGCAAUGGCUAUGCAGGCUCGGACUUUGAAAUGGAUAGCACACAUUCUACAACUCGCUCUGGCAGCAGAUCGAUAACACCAGGGCUUCAGAUCUCACCAGCAUCCAGUAAACGCAGCAUCGUAUCAGGUUAUGGGAGGAAGGCAGCAUCUACAGAAAGUAUUGACACUCUAUCAAUGAGUAACAGUGUGCCCGAGGGUCUCUCCACAGGAAAGCACAACAUGCCUACAAUAUCCAUUUCAAAAUAUUCAGUUUCAUCAGAUCGAAGUAGAUCUGAGUUGGACUUGAGUGGAUCGUGUGCAUCAGGGAUCGAGGAUUCUCUCAGUCUCAAAUGCAAGUCUGUGCCCAGAGGUCUCAAUGAAGCCAAGGAUUACCUCGAGGAUGAUGACUUUGAUGAAGAAGACAUCGAUGAUUUGGUCUCCAUGUAUCGCCCAAACAGUGCAAGAGGCAGUCUGGGUAGUGGAUUAUCUAUUUCGAGCUCCGACAAGAGAUGGACGUUCCUUAAUACACCCGAUCACGAUGCAGAAACUACCAGUUUGAAUAGUAUGAUGAGUGUCUACAGCGAAACAGGUGAUUAUGGCAGCGUGAAUGUCAGUGGAGAAAUUCUUCUUCGAAUCAAUUACAGCUACAAAAGUGGGGCGUUAAGCAUUUCCGUGAAAGAAUGCCGCAAUUUAGCAGUUGCUGACGAGAAAAAGCAAAGAACUGAUUCCUAUGUGAAGAUGUAUCUCCUCCCAGACAAGUCUCGGCAAAGCAAACGCAAGACCAAGCUUAAAUCCAACAACAUCAAUCCCGUUUUCAACGAAACAUUAAGGUAUGUGAUCAAUCACACACAACUGGAGACACGAACUCUACAAGUCUCCGUCUGGCACUAUGACAGGUUUGGGCGGAACAGCUUUUUGGGUGAAGUGGAAAUACCGUUUGAUUCCUGGGAUUUGGGAAAGCAAAUUGAGGAAUGGUUUCCACUGCAGCCUAAGUUUGAGUCUGCAAUUGACAAUGUCCUACAAUACAAAGGGGAAUUGACAGUGGCUUUGCGUUAUACCCCAGUUGGUCAACAUUUGAACAUUCCACCAGGACAAGGAAAAGCGAGAAGAAGUUUCAUUAAAGGAAAGAAAGGUUCUACCCAAACGUUAAAUGGCGGAGUAGUGGAGGUGCUCAUUAAGGAAGCCAGAAAUUUAACUGCAGUAAGAACUGGAGGGACUUCAGAUACCUUCGUUAAAGGAUACUUACUUCCUGAUGACAACAAGGCUUCCAAGCACAAAACGCAUAUUGUUAAGAAGAGUCUAAAUCCGGAGUGGAACCACACCUUCACUUAUACCGGCUUGCACCUCAGUGAUCUACAAAAUGUCUCUAUUGAGCUAACCGUGUGGGACAAAGAGUCGCUCUCCAGCAACGUUUUCUUAGGUGGCAUUCGACUGGGCCAUGGCAAUGGUCAUAGCUAUGGGAUUGCAGCCGAUUGGAAUGAUUCCCAAGGGGAGGAACAACACACCUGGCUUCAAAUGAUAUCAAACCCAGGAGUCUGGGCAGAGAGCACAAUCAUGCUGAGACCCAGCAUGGGGAAGCGCAAAUUCUGAGCCUGAACAGAUGAAAUAAAUACAAUGUAUAGUAAAAAAAAAAAGUCAAGCAACAGUUUUAAGGAUAAAAGUGUUGAGAUUUAUCUGUAAAAUGAAACAUUAACUUAUAGCUUGUACUUUCACUUUUUCAUUUGUGUAAAUACAUUUCUUUGGUUUCUUUUCUAAAUUGUUCAGUUUGUGAAAAUUUCUUAAGGUCAUCUUUACUGGAUCUGGAUGAGUACAUACUCUGUCUAGGUUUUCAAUAAAACAACCAGGUAUCUUGUUCUUGUGCUAGAUACCACCACCAAAGAGAGUGUAGCUGGGUGGACACUUUCAAUGAAAAGUUGAUAGAGGAUUUUCUUGCAGUAAACUUGCGUACAGUAAUAACUUCAGACAUAAAAAUAUGACAGACAGAGGGACCCUUUCCCUGCUCUCUCGUAGCAAAGCCUGUGGUAUUGUGAUCAAAUAAAAUAGUUAUUUAUUCCCCCUCUUGGGCUUUCUACGCUAUGCACUAUUUCUCAGUGGGAGGAUGACUACUGCAGGAGUGAAGGAGAAGGUCCUUCGUGAAUCACUGUCCACCUUUGCUGUUUGACUCCAUGUACUCUCAUCAGGCCAUCAAACCUACUGGUAAUCACUUUACUAGGAAGUAGGGUGAUGAUAUUUAAAACUGCUUGCAGCUUCAACCAUUACUGACUGAAUCUCAAUAAAACUGAAAAUGUGGACAAUGGGACAGUUAAGCCAUCAUAGGGGAUGAAUCCUGGAGACCUUCUAAGAACGUGUUGCCUCUAUAAAUCAACAAAAGCAGUAUACUUACUGUGUAACUACCACACCAAAGCAAGGUUUGAUCAUCUUCAUGGAUUCUAACAGGUUACAAAUAACAAAAAUACAAGUUAAUUUAGCUAGUUACAGCAACUCUUCUGUUGUACUGGAUUAACAUUGAGAAGAAAUAAGAGUUUCAUCCAGUGUUAACAUUCUUAUGUUAAAAAUAUCUCCAAAUGAUGGGAAGGAUCUCAACCCGAAACGUCACCCGUUCCUUCUCUCCAGAGAUGCUGCCUGUACUGCCGGGUUACUCCAGUUUUUUGUGUCUAUCUUCGGAAGGAUGGGUAUCUCAGUUGAUUCCAAGUAAUGAAAAGUGUUAGGUGAAGUUGUCAGAACUGGUUUCAGUGGGCUUGGAUAACUAAAAAGGCUGGUGGGGAAUGAGCACUCUAUUUGUGCUUUGAAUACAAGAAGCCAUAUUACAAGCUUUAGUGCAACUUUCGAAAGCCAGAGUAUGUCACAGAUAAAGUCACUGACGGAAUCAUAUUCCACACACAAAGACUGGGGAAGUGUGAAAUAAAAUGAAAGAUCAGCUACAUGAGAGAUGUUACGAUAAUUCUCCACUGGUUUCAGUGAGGCCUGUACAAUACUGAAAUGAUAGUGUAACCCAUCUCCAUUUUUUAAAAGAUGGGUCAAAACAAACUGCGAACCUGUUAAUCAUGACUAACGGGAGAGAAUUCUCCCAGUUUUUUGAACUGGUAUUAUUUAUCUGUUCCCGUUCCACAUUUCUUUGUCAAAACAUGGCAAAAUAAACUUGACAUUUCUACUUCUUUAUAUCAAUUACAUUUGUAAAGCAAUUCUUUUAACAUAAAAUAUUCAUUUAUUCUAA